UCUUAUAUAUCUUAACCACGUCGUCGUUGGCGUCGACACAAAGCCCAACGUUUACGUCUCUCUCUCUGAGUCGCGCUCCUCCUCACCGACGAAGAUCGCGGCCGUAUUCUCUAUUCACAACUAGCGGUAGUUUCCGAGAUCAACCAUGAAUCCUGAAUAUGACUAUCUGUUCAAGCUUUUGCUCAUUGGUGAUUCUGGUGUUGGCAAGUCAUGCUUGCUUCUUAGGUUUGCUGAUGAUUCCUACCUGGAUAGCUACAUCAGCACCAUUGGUGUUGACUUUAAAAUCCGCACAGUUGAACAAGAUGGAAAGACCAUCAAACUCCAGAUUUGGGAUACGGCAGGUCAAGAACGUUUCAGAACCAUCACUAGCAGUUACUACAGAGGAGCUCACGGCAUCAUUGUGACUUAUGAUGUAACAGACCAAGAAAGUUUCAACAAUGUCAAGCAAUGGCUAAAUGAAAUCGACCGCUACGCCAGUGAGAAUGUGAACAAGCUGCUGGUUGGCAACAAAAACGAUCUCACUUCACAGAAAGUUGUCUCCACUGAAACUGCCAAGGCUUUCGCUGAUGAACUUGGGAUCCCAUUCCUGGAAACAAGUGCCAAGAAUGCUACCAAUGUAGAAGAAGCUUUCAUGGCCAUGACUGCUGCAAUCAAGACAAGAAUGGCGAGUCAACCUGCAGGAGGGGCCAAGCCAGCAACGGUCCAGAUCCGAGGACAACCAGUAAACCAACAAUCAGGCUGCUGCUCUUCUUAAUUCGCUCUGUGAAAAACUUAUUAACCAUAUGUUAUCUCCUUCGUAUGCAUAUGUAAGACAUCUGAACAUCGGUCUUCUUUCAUCUGGUCUUCUUUGGUUUUUCAGUUUAUGUCCAAAAUUUUAUAAAUUCUUUGUAAUCUACUUGCAAUAAUAAACUUCUCAGUAAAAGUUUUCAUUCAUAUCAAA